UUCAAGUGAUGCUGUAAAAGAACACUAUAAUCAAUCUUGUGUUGUAUUACAACCUUACUUUGCUGUGGUAAGCAAACUCUUUAGUUUAUUACCAGCCCGAGCCUUACAAGUUCCACUAAUACCUGUACCAAUGGCUGCCUGGAGUAGAGCUUGUACAAUAGCCGCGCUAACACUUCUCCUCCUUACUACACCAUGUCUAUCACAAACUGGAGUAGUAAUUCAAGUCAAGAUGGGCCCGUUCGUGUCUUGUAGCACGUGGACAAACCAGUUAAACUCAACAGUAACUAAUUUCAUGCUAACUUUCGUCUUGUCUGAAAUAAACACUCACUGCUCCUGCAACUUCAACUCUUCUCAUCUCUCCUCCACCUACACACUCUGUAACCGUGACGACCCGAACUACCCCACCCUCAGAAUGACGAUACAUGGCCACGCCCCCUACUCCGCCCAAAGCCUCGCUGCUUUUGUAGAGAACUGGGUACUUGAAUCACCGGCAAUAUCUGACGGUUUUGGGUACUAUACAGUAGAUUCUUCUUGUCCUGUAUAUCCGAGUGACGGAGCACCUGCUUGUGGUAAAGCUAGUGAUAAUAGAUAUAGUGUUGAGGUCCUUGCUGGGUCUUUGAUUGCGGAGUUUGUGGGACUCUCAAUUAUAUUCUGUUUGAUAAUGGCCGUCAUAUUGACCGUCUAUUCUAACAGGCUUAAGAGGAGAAGUCAUGACCUCAAAGUGUGCAACAGACAGCAGCAGAAGAGAAAAAGAUUAAAUUCCUCCAUAUCACACGAUUCAUACCCUAGAUCUGAUAGUAGCAGAAUUGAUAUAACUAAUGUCAGAAUGCAGACCUGUUCAGCUUAUGCUACUUCAAUUUAACAAGAAUAUCAUUGGGUAUCAUCCAACGAUGCCCAAGCACUAUGUACCUCCCUGGCAGUUAGAUAUGAAGAAUCGAUAUCGUAUCUUAGAGAAUUGUCAGAAGAGCAGUGAGGUAAAGAGCUGGGGAGGACAUGUUAGUCACUUCUGGGAAAAAAGAGAGAGACUGAAUGUGACGCUACAUGAUGGUCCAUAUUUACAUUUAACUGAUGAUGUCAGAAGUCAUCCCAAGUGUCACUCAAUCUCUUCUCCAUUGUCAAAAUACAAUGCUGGACUAAUUAUUCAUAGACUAGCUCAGUAGAUCAAAAUAAAUUUAUUGGAAAUACAGAAGUUGUCACUAUAA